AUGAAGGGCGGGGCCACGGAGCCCGGGGUGAACGCCAACAAGGUCGACCUCAACAGCGCGCCCGUGCAGACCCUGUACGCCAACGCGGGCAGCUGGCUGCUGGACGAUCUGUACCGCAACCAGGGUCCCAUCCAGUUUGAGGGGCCCAGCGCUGAGGCGCGCCCCAUCACGCUGACCAUGGAGGACCACAGCUACGUGGAGCAGAUGCACACGCUGCACAAGUACCUCGACCAGGUCAGGGAGCUGGUGAAGCCAGGGUGCGCCCCCGAGGCGCUCAACACGGCGCUGUCCUCCCUGGCAUCGCUCACCCACGUGCUCACCAUCCUCACCGGCCCCGGCUCCUCCUUUGCUGCCCCCGACCCCCUCCCCUCGCCCCGCGUCUCCUAUGUGGUUGGCAUGUGGAAGUAG